GGGCCAGGCAGGCAGAGCGAGCAGGUGUUGCCUCUGUGUGGCAGUGGCAGUGGCAGUCGCUGUGACUGUGACUGUGCCGCAGAUUCAGAUACGUUUCGACACGCGAAAGGGAAAGUUCGUGCAGCGCAGCUACGCAGCCGGCCAAGACAUCGACUGUCUGAACGGGCAACUGGCAGCGGCCACAUGCCACAGUUGCGUGCCUCAUAGCCAAGUCCAAGUGCGUGUGUGUUGGAUUGUGUGUAAAAGUGUCCAAAUAUUUGCAUAGGCCACACGGAUAAAGGUGCACGCUAACGAGCUGAUGGUCAACUGGGCCCCAAAAGGUUUUUACAGCUGCGGUUUAUUUUGGCCCCACUCAUCAGCAAACGAAACACAAUUAUCUAUAUAAACACGGCCACAUAUCACAUUCAUUGACUCACUAACGAGCAAGUCAAAUCGAAGCUAAUUGACUUUAUUUAACUUUCAAUCGUGACCCUGUACAUGUCCCUUGGCUCUCUAUAUAUAGCGAAGUCGAUUAGGUUAAUUAAUUGGCAAUCUAAAUAAACAAUUGCUCAAUAAGUUGGCUAAACGUUUGGCCAUAAAACGAGCAUUAAAUAAAUAAUUGAUAAGCCGCAAAGGCCAUUAAAAAACAGAACCAGAAGAAGAGGAGGAAAACUCUGCAGCAGUUUGCUAACUCAAUUGCCACGCACAGAUACAGAUACAGAUACAGAUACAAAUGUAUCUCGACAGUGAACGUGACUAAAAGAGAAUUAAGCAAAAGAAGAAGAAACUCAACUUUGCGUGCAAAAUAAAAGUAAAGGAAAUGCUUUAAAAAUGUUGCAUGUGUGGAGCAAAGAAGAAGAACGUGCCACGCUAAUCAGUGGCCUGCUGCUUGCUGCAUUAAUAAUUCAAUUGGCAGCGGCAGCGACACCGGCGUCGGCGUCGACGUCGCGAGCGUACAAAGCUCAGCGAGUGCACGAACCAAUUGAAGAGGCAGCGUAUGCUACAGUGGUGAGCAAGGCAUUAGUCAAGACGCGCAGUGCCGCAAUGCAGCGCCUGCCGCGCAGCGUUUUUCAUGUGCGCUGGAAUCCCAAUGAGAAAUUCAUUGUGGAGAGUCGCGAGAGUCCGGCCAUCAACUCGUCCAAGCUGGCGCCGCACCCACGCCUGAAGGUGUCCAAGAGCACGAAACUCACGCUCAGCCCCAAGCUCUAUCUGUGCCACGACAAGUACUCGAGCGAGUGCCACAAUAAGACGGCGUCCUUCCGGCGUCGCAUUGUGCAGAGCUUUGAGCGCUCGAUGAGCGAAUCGCUGAAUGAUUCGAAUCACUACAAUGUGGACUACAAGCCCGUCUUUGGCGACAGCUUCGAGGAGCAGUAUUAUCCCUCGAGCUGCCUGGUCAUGGAGGCGGGCGUGCGUGUGCUACGGCGCAAGGAUCCGCCGUUCAACAAGCUGCCCUUCGGCCGACUCUUUCCGCGCCAGAAACUCUUCCGCAAUGUGAAGAACAUCAAGACCUGUGCGAUUGUCUCCAGCGCCGGGUCGCUGGCGGGCUCCAAGCUGGGCCGGUUUAUAGAUAGCCACGAUAUUGUCAUGCGCUUCAAUAACGCGCCCACCCGCGGCCACGAGGCGGACGUGGGCAGCAAGACGACAAUUCGCGUGGUCAAUUCACAAGUGGUCACCAAGCCGGAGUUUGAUUUCGCUCAUGCGCCAAUCUUCCGGAACGUCACGAUCGCCGCCUGGGAUCCCGGCCGUUACAAUGGCACCCUCGAGGAUUGGCUAACCAGCGCCGACUACGAUCUGUUCACCAACUACGAGAUCUACAGACGUCGCUACCCCAAGUCGCGCGCCUUUCUCAUCGAUCCGCACUCCGUGUGGCGACUCUGGCAGAGCCUGCAAAUGUUUGCCGGCAAUCGAGCCAUACGUCGUAAUCCUCCCAGUUCCGGUUUCAUAGGCUUGGCUUUGUUACUUCCGCACUGCCCCCAGGUGGACUUUAUAGAGUAUGUGCCCUCGACGCGACUCAAUGGCCGCUGUCACUACUACAGCAAAGAGAUGAAUUCCGGCUGCACGUUUGGCUCGUGGCAUCCGUUGGCUGCCGAGAAGCUGAUGGCCUUGGAUAUGAAUGUGGCCGACGAUAUGUCCGUCUUCCAGUUUGGCAUCUUGCGCAUCCGCCGGCCGGAUAAGCUGCUCUGCGGCUUCAAUUUCUUUGGUUACUGAUGCCCCAGCGUCCAUUUCGUCCUGCAGGAUCCGCGGCGUCCAGUGACAAUCAAAUGUGCAUUUAAUCAAGCGGUUUUCACACACACACACACACACAAGUUUCAAGUGGCUGCAAUGAGUGUGAGUUGCGGCUGCUGUUAGUAAAUAUUUGCGAUCAAUAAAUAAUUUAUUUGCCUAUA